AUGGCCAUCCUCAACACCAUCCAGACCCUCAUCUGCUCCGCCCCCGUCCACCUCGUCUGCUUCUUCGCCCUCCUCGGCACAGAAGUCCAUCAGUCCCUCAUCACGGCCAAGAAGUACUUCCACGCCCUACGAAGAGACAAAUCGCUCACCUCGCAUGAACAAGUCUCCCCCGUCCUCAUCCGCGCCCAGUCCAUCCUCCUCAUCCUCGUCGCCGUCACCGUGCCCUCCCACGGCCUCCUCUCACUCGUCGAGCACAAGUCCAGCUGGAUCCCGCUGGUAAUCAUCUCAUACGCCACGGCCCUCAACGUCUUUCUAUUUCAUCCUCGCGCGUCCAGGGCUUUGAGUGAUCUCCAGCUGCAAAGCGGUUUCGUAAAUCUAAGGAGAUCAGGUAUCGCAAACACUUCAGGAAAAGCCAGCGAGACAGAGCCGCUCAACCCAAAUGUCGCUGCCUUGGAGAAGAGCUUCCGUAGAAAUCGCGCUGCGACUGUGCACUUAAACAUCAUCACCGUCAUGGCUACGAUUUGGUAUGGCUGCGGAUUGGCCAAGUCAUUUACCCCAUGA